CCCAAAAGGCCUAACAAGCAGAGGAGAUAGGAGCUAGGACGCAGCGUGAGGACGCAGCCAAGGGAGCGAGGAGACAGAAAGGAUCCUACAAGAAAGAAGGCGAGAACGAAGGAGGAGAGGAGAGAGGGAAGACCCAAGAGACGUGAGGACUGGUUGUGAGACAGGAGGCUGUUGAAGAGGCCCAAACUCCCCAGCGAAACGCACCUUCUCCAGGUUCUGUCUCGUCUCCGCUCUGGUUCACACAGGAGGAGGUGGAGGAGGUCUGAGGUCUUUGGUUGAUGCAUGAGCCUGGUUCCUUUGGGCUCGUUUUGGAUGGGACUUUGAGAGAUGGAGGUACCACAGUGCUGUUGGAGGAGUCAUAGGAGAUCCUCAGUCCUCCUCUUCCUCCUCUCUCUGUCCUUCCUCUUCUUCACACCACGAUUCGCUCAGGGAUCCCUACACAUCCCCUUAAACUACACGUUUCAAAACAUACCAGAGCCCCCAGUGCUGCUGAAGACCCCCGAGUCCUUCACAGCCUUUUCUCCAAGCGACGUUGUUCUGGACUGUGAGGCCAGAGGAAACCCCACGCCCAGUUUCCGUUGGGUGAAAGACGAUGAGACGUUGGAUCUUGACCUCAUUGGUGAAGGGACUAUUCGCGCAGAUAAAAAUGACACGCUGGACCAGUACCACGGCUCCUACCGCUGCUACGCCUCUAACACACUAGGGACUGCUGUGACACAGACUGUGCACGUCAUCGUCGAACGUCAUCCGGUUCUUCAGAAUCAGCAGAAAAUUUACAAGCGAGCGUCGGAGGGGGAGAGUCUGGUUCUAUCCUGUAGUCCUCCUGAGAGCUCCACCCCUCCACAUAUUCACUGGAUGGACAGAAGGAUGGUCCACAUAAAGCUCAGUGAGAGAGUCACAGCUGGUCUGGAUGGAAACCUGUAUUUUUCAAAUCUGCUGAAGUCUGACUCCAGACCUGACUACAUCUGCAACGCCCAGUACACAACAGCCAUGACAGUUCUGCCCGAAACCGCGGUCUCCCUCACUGUCCAGCCUAGUAACAGCGUGCUCCCUGGCAGGAAGCCCCACCUCUUUACUCCCUCUGGCUUUCGCAGCUCCGUGCUGGCUCUGAAAGGGAACAGUCUGACACUGGAGUGCAUCCCCAGCGGACUACCUACUCCCAAAGUGGAAUGGAUAAAGAAGGAUGGGAACCUGGAGGACACCACAGGAGAGGUGACAAACUACGGCCGCUGGCUUCAGUUUGAGAGUGUGGACCAGAGCGACGAUGGAGAGUAUCAGUGUAGAGCCCACAAUGAGCAUGGAGAGGCAAAACACUCCUACACUGUCACUGUGGAAGCUGCUCCAUACUGGGUGAAGGAGCCCCAGAACCUGAUUUAUGCCCCUCGGGAGAACGUUCGUCUGGACUGUCAAGCCGAAGGCAUCCCCACCCCCACCAUCACCUGGAGCAUGAACGGACAAAAACUAUCAGAAGUGGACCCAGACCCUCGGCGCAGUGUUAAGGGGGGCGUUCUGAAGCUGAUGGAUGUUGAAGUUUCAGACACUGCCGUUUUUCAGUGCGAGGCCCACAACAAACAUGGCUCCAUCCUCCUCAACACCUAUAUUAACGUCGUGGAGCUCCCAGCGCAGAUCCUGACUCCAGAUGGUCUACAGUACAGAGUCACAGAGAUGGGGGACAUUAGUCUGAAGUGUGAAACAUUUGGGUCUCCACAACCACAUGUCACAUGGGAGCUGCAGGACUCGUCCCCACUCCUCUCUCUCCCUCACGUGUCUCUUCUGACCGAUGGGACUCUUCAGCUGUUUAACACGAGCCGCAGUGACAGUGGAAAGUACGUCUGCUCUGUGCAUGAGAGCAACAUCAGCAUCACCGCACAUCUGGACGUCUACGAGCGGAGUGUGAUUUUGACCAGUCCAGAUGAGGUCCGUGCAGACAGAGGCUCCACGGCUCUGCUCCAUUGUGAGUCGUUCACUGACCCUCGGCUAAAACACGACCGGCAGAUCGUCUGGAGGAAAAACGGGCUCAAGAUACAGGAGUCCUCUGCAGAUGACAAGUUCACCAUGUUUGCGAAUGGGACACUGAGAGUGAGCAGUGUGGACACAAAUGACAGUGGAGAAUACAGCUGUGAGGUCAUCACCAGCCUGGACCACACCGAGGCCAGCGGAGCCAUCAGGGUCAUCGCUCCUCCAGACCCACCCACUGACCUGUCUCUGUCUGAGGCCGACGCCCACAUGAGCAUCACCCUGGGCUGGACUCCAGGCCACCACCACAACAGCCCCAUCACUGCGUUCAUCGUGGAGGCGCGCGAGGAGCAGCACACUGAGAAGUCCAGGUGGAGGUGGGAGGAGCUUAAGAGGGUCCCAGGAGAUGUGCGCGAGGUUGAGCUCCUCCUCCACCCAUUCUGCACCUACAGGUUCAGAGUGACUGCGGUGAACGAGUUAGGGCCAAGUGAACCCAGCCAAGUCUCCCAGGAACACAGCACACAGCCUGCAAUUCCCAGCAGUAACCCGACUGGAGUCCACAGUGAAUCCAAAGAACCAGGAACUCUGGUCAUCACGUGGGAUGAGAUGGAGAAGCGUCUUCAUAACGGACACGGUUUCAUGUACAAAGUUUGGUGGCGCAAGGCGUCAAAAAAAGACCAGCGCUGGUACUUCAACUCCACCAGCUCCCCUCCAUUUGUGGUGACGGGCACAGGCACCUACACCCCCUUUGAGAUCAAAGUCCAGGCCGUCAAUGCCAUCGGAGAUGGGCCUAAUCCCAAGGAAGAGAUUGGAUACUCCGGAGAGGACGUGCCCCUGGAGGCCCCCGGUGGUGUUUCAACCUCAGUGACGAACAGCACAGUGAUAGUGAAAUGGAACGAGGCUCAAAAUGUGCGCGGUCUGCUGCUCGGAUACAAGAUCUACAUUCGGAGACUGGGCCCUAAAUCACAGCGCCGCCGCAGGUCACUUGGGGAACUGCAGUUUGCGAAGGACUCGGAGUAUCAGGAGGAGGAGGAGGAGCAGAGUGAGAGAGUGGUGGAGGUGCGAGGGAGUAAGACGUCACAUGAGGUCUCGGGACUGAAGCUGUACUCUGUAUAUGACCUGUCAAUGACAGCCUUCAACAGCAAAGGCCAGGGUCCGCCUUCCCCCAUGCACCGCUUUGAGACACUCGAGGGAGCCCCUGGGCCUCCUGCGUCUCUCUCGUCUGAAAGCCCCACAGACACCACCCUCAUACUGACUUGGACUCCUCCUGUGGAGACCAACGGCAUCCUGCUGGGAUACAUCGUGCAGUACCAACAGGAGGGAGUAGGUAACAUGGAGUAUGCGUUCAUUGACGACCCCAGCACCACCCACAUCGAGCUGCAGUCUCUAAACUCCAGCUCUUAUUACCUGUUUAAUGUGAGGGCCCGCACAGCUGCAGGGGAAGGACCGGCCACAGGACUCCGGGCCGCCACACUGCUGGAUGGAGCUCCUCCGACAAACGUCACAAUGUUUUUUGGAGACACUUAUCUGAACCUGAGCUGGGUCCCGGGUCCCAGAGACCGAAACUACGGCUUCCACAUCAAGUACCUGAGAAAGAGUGCUGAAGAGACCUGGCAGGAGUCUGAGCUGGUAAACUCCACCCAGGGCUUCUACACCCUGAUGGGGCUCGAACCGGGAACCACGUAUCACCUGGUCAUCCUGCACCACAACAACACACAGUGGGAGCAGAUUGUGCAGACCAAAGGACCAGAGCUGUCGGAGAUGCCUGGAAAUUUUGCAACUCAGGGUUGGUUCAUCGGACUCAUCAGUGCCAUCGUGCUGCUGGUGUUGAUACUUCUCAUCCUCUGCCUCAUCAAGCGGCGCAAAGGAGGAAAAUAUGCAGUUAAAGAUAAAGAAGACAAAGAAGUGGACUCAGAAGCUCGACCGAUGAAAGACGAGACAUUUGGAGAAUACAGUGAUGGCGAUGAGAAGCGCACCGACAGCCAGCCAUCCCUGUGCGGCAGUAAACUGGGGAGUGACGACUCUCUGGCUGAGUACGGAGACAGUGUUGACAUCCAGUUCAAUGAGGACGGAUCCUUCAUCGGCCAAUACAGCGGCAGAGGCCCGGUGCCGCACGGCAACGAGAGCUCGAGCCCCGCCUCCCCCAUGACAACCGGUCCACCUCCGCCCCUUCCCCCUGUGCCCAACCGGCCCAGUUAAACUCCCACGCUCUGUGCACUGCCUAAACACUCCCACACACACUGUAAACAGACGUCUGCAUGUGUGAAAAUGACUUGGAAUCAGCUGUGAUCUUGAUUUGAGCCAAAAUUAGGGCUGGAGAUAUGACAAAGCAUGGAUCAUGAUCAGAGGUUAUAGAGUAGCUAAAAACUGUAAGAGUAAGAGUAACGCUACUUCAAAAUAAUAUUAUUUAAAUACAAAUUAGUGGUCCAGGAAAUUACUGAGGUAAAAAAGUAUUUUGGGAAAAUUACUAAUCAAGUAACUUAAAGAGUAACUGACCAGACGUAACAUCUGAUUUAUAAUUUGAAGUGAAGGUAAUUUGAAGGACAAAAUAUGAAACACUGCUCAAAAUGUGGUAUUUUCAAACAGACACAAAAAUGUCAAAAAAUAUCUAAAUUAGGUACAAGAAACUAACUAAAAUAUUAAAAUAAUUUCAUACUAAAAAAAUAUAAAGCUGUGACUUGACUUUAGACUGACUCACAGGGGGAAGAGGAACCACAACUUUUACUCGAGUAAGAGCACUGUUACUUCAAUAAACAUAUUACUCAAGAAGGAGGUAAAGUAAACUGCUAGAAAUGUACUCUAAAUGGUACAAUUUCUUUAAAAAGUUACGCAAGUAAAUGUAACUGAGUACUGCCCACCUCUGCUAAUUCAUGCACAAUUUUGUCAUCGAUGGAACUAAAAAAAUGUAUUAAAAAUGUGUCAAAAUCACCAGGCCUAAUGCAUAAAUUAAUAGAGAAUUGUCAAAUUUGUUCAAAUAAACCUUACAUUUUUGAAUCCAAGUCAUUUUAACAUAAGCAGGCCUCUUCACUGUCGUCUCUGUACAUUCCACAGGUUAAUGCAGUUUACACGUAAAACAGCUUUUAAACAAAUCUAUCAAUCUAUCUCUUAAUGAAAUAAAUGUUUAGGACAGAAAACAGAAGUGGCAUGUUACGAGCGAUCUUAAAGGGACGUGCUCUAUUAAAGGGACGUACUUCUAUUAUUCUCACACUAAUCCUCCAUGUACAGACUCUUGCAUAUUUUUACUUCGAUAUUAACUGGUUCUGUUGUUUCUGUCGGCCAUUUUGAAGUCACUACUUUGUAUCUUUGUUGGAGCACAGUUUGGUUCGGUUUUGUGCAUGUAACCGGGAAUGAUUUUGAUCUUUUUCGACUUGUUCAGGACAGGCCUACACCUAAGAAGCAAAAUUUUAGCAUUUGAGUUCAAAGCUCCCAUAUUAUGAUCAAUCCAAUUAUUAAUAUUUACUCUACAUUGCAUUGUUUUUUGAAUGACCAUUUUUUAACCCAGUAGAAUAUAUAAUCUCAGAUAUGCAUUGGCAAACGUGGGUAAAGUACCCAAGAAUUGUGCUGAAGAAAGUGUACUGUUACUUUAAAAUUAUAUAUUAGAAGUACAAAGUAGUGGUCCAAAAAAUUACUCAAGUAGGAGUAACUUAAAGGGUAACUGUCGGGGUGUAACAUCUGAUUUAUAAUUUGAAGUGAAUUUUAAGGAUAAAAAUCUGGCGUUUUCAAAUGAUAGACACAAAAAUGAGCCAAACUAAAUCAUAUCUGAAUUAGCUGCAAAAAACACAAAAGUUCAAAUCAUUUCAUACUUAAAGCUCAAGUCACUUUAGACUUACUCACAGUGGGAAGAGGAACCGCAACUUUACGCAAGUAAGAGUACUGUUACACUGUAUAAAAUCCUCAAGUAGGAGUAAAAGUAUGGUACAUGUAUCUGAAAACUACUCUGAGAAGUACAAAUUUAUUAAAAGGUCACUCAAGUAAAUACCAUUUCUAAACGCACUCCACACUGUCGCCUCUAGAGGGUGACAGACAUCCAGCCCAAGUGUAAACUAGUAUGCAAACUUAUAUACUGAUGCAAAAGCGUGCAAGUCCUGUUUAAAUCAUAAUAUGGGAGCUUAGUGUAUGAUUAUUGUGUGUGUGAUGUGUGUGUGUGUGUGUGUGUGUGUGUGUGCGUGUGACCCAAAGCCUUAAGAGUCCAGUGUGUCCUCUGCUCCUCCCUCUCUCCCAACACUUCUCUCUAUCACCUAAACCCUUAGUUAGCCUGGCCAGCCGCUCUAAGGGCUUUUCAAACUGUAAUUAGACAAUGGGGUCUGGUAUCUCACUCCAAGCUCUUUCUUUCAAUUGAGUUUCUACCCAACCAAUCACAGCUGUUUAACUCAUUCAAAUACAGUAAACUUCCAUCAUGCAGGGGAUCUCCGGCAUGUGUGUCUAUGGCGGAACGUUCAGCAGUUAACAUGGUGAAACAAUGCACACAUUAGCAAACACGGUCAAGAAGUAUUUAAACUCUAAAAAAAAAAAAAUACAAAAGUGAUUUAAAGAGCACAUUUUCAGGAGUCUGUGAUUAAUCCGAGCUUUCAUGGUCCUGUUUAAGAGUUUGAUUUUAUGUAUUUUACUUACACAGCUUUCAACGAUAGAGUCACCAGACUUAUUUGUUUAGAAGAAAAGGUAGUUUGGUUGGCCAGGCUAAUGACCCAUUGCUUUACCAUUAUCCCUGUAAAAAACAAAGUAGACUGAGAUGGGUCCAAAACAAUGCUACUUGAAUCCUAUGCAUCUAUAAUGAACGAUAUGUUUUAUAUUGUAAACAGUGGAGUCUGGAGAGGUCCUGUGUAGCAAACUCCAAAAUGGACCCUCGGAAAGAGAGAGAAAAGAGGGAGGGAAAAAAGAGAAGGAGGAAAGAAAGAGGGAGGAGAGAGAGAGGACAGAGUAAAUAUGUAACAGUAAAGGGAUAGAAGAGAAUCAGCUGUACUUUUCUCUGAAUGUAAAUACAACCUUAAGAUUGUCAUUUUUUAUUUUUUAUUAUUAUUUUGUACGAUUAUGAAAUUGUAACUUUUUAAAUCUUUGUUGCUCUGUUUGGUUUUGUACUUUUGGUCUGGAUUCUGGUCUCUGGUCCAGUUUCAGGUCUGGUCUCUGGUCUGGUCUCUGAUCUAGAUUCUGGUCCAGUCUCUGGUCCAGUUUCAGGUCCGGUCUGUGGUCUGGUCUCUAGUCUAGAUUCUGGUCCAGUCUCUGGCCUGGUCUUUGGUCUAGAUUCUGGUCCAGUCUCUGGUCUCUGGGCCGGUCUCUGGUCCAGUCUCUGUAGCCUUGUAUCAUAAUCUCACUAUUGUUGACACUUAGCCUUGAGUAGUCCAGAUGAAUUUAGAAAAAUCUAGAACAAAAAUCUCUAAGUUUUUUGUUUUUUUUUAUGCUGCAAAAAUGUGAUGCUAUUAAACUCCAUGUAAACGACUGACCCAGGAAUGCUUUUUAAAUCAGCGCUGAAAUGUCCCACUGUCCCUGAAUCAUCUCUCCAAGUGCCCAGGACUGGUCCAGAUGCCUUGGACACAAAUCUUCCCUGUGUACUUUUCACAACAAACA